AUGAAACUUUACCUCCUAUCCUCGCUCGCUGUCGCGGGGACUGUGUCAGCACAGAGCUUGACUGUCCCGUCGAACUGGAGGAAACCGACCGUCACACAAACACGAGCUGAACGCAUUCAGAUCGCGCAAAGUGCGAUCAACCUCUUCAACAGCUACUACGACACGACGACCGGGCGCUACAACUUCUCUUCCGCUUUCACUCAGGAUCUUGCCAUCGAUGACACUUUCAUCGACCACAAUGAUACGAUCGACUGGGCACGGCACGGAGCUUCAGGACUGCGUUACACGGUCAUGCACGACUUGAUCUCCAACACGACUGUCUACGAGAACUUCACAACGGGCGCACUGCAACGGGCGAUCGAUACUAACAAGCGUACUCUCUUCGGCGCUCCCAUGGACUCGCUCAUGACGGAGACCUUCGAGCAAUUCGGUCUUGCAGCCACGGCCGCCUUCACUGCCUAUGGAAACCAGGAUAUGCUCGCUCUUGCCAAGACUGUUCAGAGCAUCAUCGACGAGUAUAUCUCUACCAGCCAGGGUGCGGGGUACCCCGGCGCGUCAGUUGCGUUGCAAAAGUGUGCCACCACUGGUCUUGGUGGAACCAUCUUCCCGUACCUCUCCGGAAAGCCUUCUCCUACGUCGCAUCUGCAGCAGUACGGGUGGAUCCAGAGCACGGACUGGACUGCUUACCUCGCAUUAUCUUCAUACGUUGCCCAGGCAUCUGGUGACAGCAAUGUCUUCGGUGAGGCCACUCGCAUGUACGAGGUCCUCUCAACGGGUGUACCCAACCUUGUCCGCACAAACGAUAGCUUCCCUCAUCACAUCUACGUGUACAACGCCACCGCCGCUGCCAAGUCGGACGUCGCUUCUCCUCUUCGCACCGAUGCGGACCACACAUUCGCGAACUGCCAGGGCUACGAUGCGGAGAGUCCGAGCGGCGGAAGCUUGGUGCAGGCGUACAGUGUGUACGGAAGGCUGUCGAGUUCGCCCAGUGUACAGCAGCGCUUGAUCCAGGUUGUCGAGAGCUCGACGAGCUAUGGUAACUCCGAGGACGGCAUCCUGCUCGAUAAUCGCCCGCCGUACCUUCUUGGUCGUGGCGGACACCUCGCGGGCUUCGUGGAUCCUCUUCUCGAGACCACCAACAACGAUCUGCGCUCGUACAUCCAGGCCUAUGCCAACGUGCAGUUCAACGCGCUCCAGGACUUCGCCAAGAACCCUACCGAGGGCUCGUACAGCCAAGUCUGGGUCGAGCACGACGGCGACUUCGGCCAGUUCUUCGACCCGUACUAUCAGCUUGAGGUCAUCCCCGCACUGAACCUCGCCAUCGGUCUCAAUGACGCUUGA